GCAGGACCCUGCAUAUGCGCCUGAUCCAUCACUGCUCACAUCCAAUCAGCUGCAGGUUGAUGGGGUUGGAUGAGCAAUUAAAGUGUUUUCCCUCUCAUCCCUGGAUACCUUGAGCAGUGAUCAGAUCUGCACUAUCAGCGUGGCCCUGAACGGUGUGUUGUUUCUGGCAUCCUUUAAUCGGUGAUGGAAAACACCCGCUGCUUUACCAACCGUUUCUCCGACUACAAAGGCGCGCUGCUCCCAGGCCAGAGCUCCGAGGCCAUCGUCCCUGCCAUCGUCGCCACCGUAAAUAAAAUUAUCAAAAAGGUCCCCACCGACGUCAACGAUUGCGACGGAGGACUAUACGAUGGGCCGGCCGGGGUGGCUUAUAUGCUGUAUCACGUCAGCGAGUGCCCGCUGUUCUCCGAGCACCGGGAGGUCUAUUUGAAGACGGCCAAGCAGAUCAUCGACGUGUCGGUUAGAUAUGUGGAUGCGGAGCCGGACAAAAACAUGCGCACCGCCUUCCUGCUCGGCGGCGCGGGCAUCUACGCAGUGGCCGCUAUGAUAUACAAAUCAUUGGGCUUGGCAGAUUUCGUAAAGCCGUUGACCAAGUUUCGUAACCUGUGGGAGGUGUGUGCGCCUAUCAAUUUUCUGGAGUGCGGUUCGGAUGAGCUGUUCGUUGGUCGGGCUGGGUACCUGUGUGCCGCGCUGGUCCUAAAACAGAAGCUAGGCAUAGAGAUCCUGAGCAAAGAUCAAAUCAAAUCUAUUUGCCAGGCCAUCAUUGAGUCAGGAAAACAGUAUGCCAAGAGGAAGAGAAAGCCUUUCCCCCUCAUGUAUUCAUACUAUGGAACAGAGUACCUUGGUGCGGCCCAUGGCCUGUCAUCAGUGCUGCAGAUGCUGCUGAGCUACCAGGACAUGCUCAGCGGAGUGGAGAAGGAUCUGGUGUGGCAGAGUGUUGAUUUCCUCAUGAAUCAGGAGCAGAACUGUAACUGGCCUGCAGAGCUGGGGGCGAUCAUAGAGAGAGAGAAUGAGCUGGUGCACUGGUGUCACGGAGCCCCAGGUGUGGCUUAUCUCUUUGCAAAAGCCUAUCUGAUCAAUAAGAAGCCUCAGUAUCUGGAUACAUGUAUCCGCAGCGGAGAGCUCGUGUGGCAGAAAGGUUUGCUGAAGAAAGGACCUGGGAUUUGUCAUGGAGUUGCAGGCAGCGCUUACGUCUUCCUCUUACUUUAUCGGCUUACAGGCAAUUCAAAAUACAUCUACCGUGCUCAAAGGUUUGCAGAGUUCAUCUUCACCGAGGAGUUUAAGGCGGGUUCGCUCUCGGUCACCAGCGUCUACAGUCUGUUUGAAGGCCUGUCAGGAACAGUUUGCUUCCUGGUCGACCUCCUGCAGCCUGACCAGUCCGAGUUUCCACUGUUUAGCAUCUUUGUGUGAAUGAGCCUCUGUUAAAUGGCCCAAACACAUAUCACUCCUUCCCUCUGACAUCCCUCAAGAACUGGGUAGAUAGAUUCUAAAAACAGGAAGGAUGCUGUGAGCAGUUAGAAAAAUCACAUUACACAAUCACAAAAAAAUAAUUGUGUCUUAUGUGGAUGUGCAGCUUCCAGGCUUCAGCAGAUUCAUUGUCCUUUCUUAUUUACAAUGUAGUCAAUAAAGCAGAGUACUCAGCUGCAGCAGAGUUAAAAGGCAGGAUUCAUAUAGAGACCAAUCUGAGAUAUUUAUUAAUAAAUUGC